AAAGGCUUGAUCCAGCGAAAGCCCCACUUAUUCGGGACCGUCGUUUCGGUUUCUUUCGCUAUCUAACUUCUCGCUCUGAUCCAGAAAAAAUGAGGUGCAUGCGCUGGCUGUUGCUUGCGGCGGUGGCCCUCGCCGCCGUGCAGGCCGCUCCUGCGGACGAGCGCGCGCUGAUGGAGCUUGAGGAGACGCUCCUGACUUCCGCACAGCUACAGAAUGGCCGGCGGCUGCUCAGCGUCGACCUGUUCGAGGAGCACGCGGCGCGGUACCUGAUGGCCGCCGCCGACACGACAGAAGAGGCCACAGCGCUUUUCAAGCUGUACAAGAAGUUGUACCCGGAGAGGGUGGCUGCCUGGGGCUCGACGGAAGCGACGCAGCUCGCCUACUUUGAGGAGAACGUGUUCCCCAGUAUCCAGAAGAAGGCUAAGGCGCUGCUGUCCUCGACAUCGGCCUCGGGCUCAGGAACGAACGUUGGUGACGAGUCGGGUACCGGUACGACUUCAGGCACCACUCGUGAGACAGACAGGAGCGACUCGACCACGUCGGGAAGCUCCAAGACCAGCAGCGGAACGUCGACCAGCGGUGGAACUUCGACGAGCAGCGGUACCUCCGGUACGUCUACCAACAGCGGGACGUCGAGUACAUCAGGCACUUCGGGAACAUCUACCUCGGGAGGAACCACGCAUAGCGGUACAUCUACUUCGGGAGGAACCACCUCGAGCGGUACAUCUACCUCGGGAGGAACCACGUCUAGCGGUACAUCUACUUCGGGAGGAACCACGUCUAGCGGUACUUCUACUUCGGGAGGAACUACCUCAAGCGGUACAUCUACUUCGGGUGGAACCACGUCUAGCGGGACAACGUCUAGUGGUACGUCGACUAGCAGCGGAACUUCCACCUCGAGCGGUACAUUGACUGCGACGUCGACGUCAUCGACGACUAGCAGCGCGUCCGGCUCGUCCUUCUGGUCGACGACGUACAACUCGAAGCUGUCGUCGAACGUAGACUCGUUGAAGUCUCAGACCAGUACUGUCGAAACGGUCGUCGAGUCGUCGUCGGCUAGCAGUUCGUCCAGCUCCACUGCCGCCUCUGCGUACACUUCCCCGACUAUCCUCAGCGGCUACACGAGCCCAACGCGUCGUUUCCUGUCGAGUGGCAGCUCGGACACGUCCAACAUCGACGUGCUGUUCUGCGAUAUCGAGGGCAAUGCUAUCUGGAAGUGGAGUGCCGAGGACGUCCCAGAUGCUACAGUCACCAACUCUUCCAGCUCGACUACAGAGAUUGACGUCGACGUGGAUGGUGUGUGCUCUGCUACCACGACGCUCACUGUGUCGGCGUACCAGACUGGUUGCUCACUCCAGAACCACCCCGAGGGCUGUGACAACGUCUACUACAAGGGCUGCGGAGGUAUCACGGUCUCUCCUACGAGCGACCGUAUCGUCAUUGCUCGUACUGGUGGCCGCACUCUUGGCGUCCUUAACUACAAGACGGUUAACAACGCUUGCCAGGGUCAGGUCGUGGACGCUAUUUCCACGUAUCGUGGCAAGAAAUUCAACAGUCCCACGUACGCUGAGUAUGCCAACAACGGUAUUCUGUACUUCACGGACAGUCCUUUCGGUCUGGCUACCAGUGACGCAGACUUUGACGGUGAUACUCUGGACAAGUCGCCGCUGCGUGAGAUCCCUUUCAACGGCGUCUACAUGCUGCGUAACGGCACGGGCCAGUCGGUGGAGCUGGUGGACUGUGAUAUGACGCGACCCAACAAGAUCGCCUUUUCGCCGGCCCAAGACAUCAUGUACAUCACCAACUCGCAGAAGGGCAACUCGUACGUCAAGAGCUAUAUCAUGGCUGACGACGGUACCGUCAGCAACUCGAGCGUUUUCUUCAACUUCACGGCGCACCCGGAGCUGGAGACCGACGAUGGAUACGCUAAGGGCAUCAAGGUGGACGACAAUGGCUACGUAUACGUGGUGUGCUACAAGGGCGUGUACAUUUUCUCUCCAGAGGCUGAAUUGGCUGGCGCUAUCAUGAGCGACCAGGAGCUGGACUCGGUGUCGAUGGGUCUUGGCCGCCUCUUCAUCUCUGGCAGUUUUGGCCUCGUGGCACAGACCAGCGGCGUUCCCUACCAGUCACUCCCACAGGCUCAAGUCACGUGCAGUGCCUAGUCGCCCGAUCAAAGCAGGGCGCACAAUCUCUCUUGACUUCAAGAGACUCGAAGUAUUCACAUCGUUCUCUUUCCUCAACCUUUCCGCCUAAAGGACAGGUCUAAAACAUGUUCAUUGCCUUUAACCCAGUGCUCUCUUCUCUAUACUUUCUCAUUCCUCGACAUUGCUGGGUCCUGCUUUGGCUCCUUUUUUCACUCCCUUCUUGCCUUCCUUAUCUGUUGCAGAGCUGUCCGAUGGCGUCAAAGUGG